AUGGGGAGACUGGACGGCAAGGUCAUGAUUGUGACGGGCGCCGGGUCUGGAUUUGGAAGGGGAAUUGUGAAGAAAGCGACCUCGGAAGGAGCCCGCGUGCUCGGUAUCGACAUCGACCAAAGCGGGAACGAGGAGACGAGCAGGUUAGUCCCCGCGGACCGGUUCGCCUACUUGACGGCCACCGUCGCGGCCGAGCAGACGUGGUCGGACGCUCUGCAAUUGGCACAGGACAAGUUCUCCGCCGUCCCGGGCACGGUCGUCAACUGCGCCGGCUACGUCCACCUGGGGGCCGACGCGCACGCGGUGCCCGAGGAGGACUUCGAGCGCGUCUGGCAGGUCAACGUCAAGCCCCUGUAUCUCACGGUGAAGGUGGUCGUGCCGUACUGGAUGGCGAAGGGGAUUCCCGGCCAUGUUAUCAACAUUGGGAGCAUCGGCUCGCAGAGACCCCGAGCGAGCACCAUCUGGUACACUGCUAGUAAAGGGGCUCUUGACACGGCAACUGAAGGCCUUGCUGGGGCAUAUGCCAAGCACCGUAUCCGCUUCAACAUCGUCAGACCUUCGUUCGGUAACACACCGAUGGCACCACGGGUUGUCGGUGGCGUGGACAGCGAAGAGGGACGAGCCAAGCGACUGGCCACCCUCCCGCUUGGUCGUCUGUGCGAGCCCGAAGACGUCGCCAACAUGACGGCUUUUCUGGCAUCGGAUGAAGCAAAUUAUAUCACAGGCGCUGGAUUCAAUGUCGACGGUGGACGAUAUGUCUCUUGAUGUUUCUGGUGCUCUAAGUGUGCGUGGGCUCAUUUGCAGAGACAAAUGCUUGAAAGUGAAUUCCCUGGGACUCAAUUAUAG